GCGGAGGCAGAGCAACCGCAAUUGCUUCUCCUCGGCAUGGAGAAAACGGGAGAUCCCGCGGCUCCGCUCCUUCCGCCUCAUUAUCCGCCGCCGACGGAGCCGUGUUACGGCGUCCCAGCCGCAGAAGCUGCCCUCCAGGAACCCUACUUCCCGGAACCCCCGGCCUACGUGCUUCUCCCCUUCUACCCCCGCCGCCACCGCCGCCGCGGACGCUGCCACUGUUGCGGCUCCCUCCUUUCAUCCUCCGCCCUCCUCUCAUCGGCCUUCCUCCUCGUCAUCCUAUGUUCCGCCGCCUUCUUCCUCUGGCCCUCCGACCCCCAGCUAACCGUCGCCCGCCUCCGGUUCGACGACCUCCGCGUCACCCCGCCCCCCUUCGCCACCAUUGAUGUCGUCCUUAGCGUCGACCUCAUGGUCCGUAACCCGGACUUUUUCUCUCUCGACUACCGCUCCAUCGUGGUCUCGAUCGGGUACCGCGGGAGGCCGCUCGGCUCCGUCACGGCUGACGGCGGCCACGUUAGGGCGCGGGGAGUCUCGCACGUCCACACCAAGCUCGAUCUCGACGGGAUCCUCGUGUUGAAUGAUGCCAUCUAUCUGAUCGAGGAUCUCUUUAGGGGAUCACUGCCUUUGGACACCGUCACCGAGGUGCAGGGUCGGAUGCGGCUGUUCUUCUUCGACGUCCCCGUUCAGGGAAAUGUUUCGUGUGCAUUGAAUGUCAAUCUAGAAAACCAGGAAGUCAUUCGUCAAGACUGCUACUCUGAGUGCUCCGAGGCCAUGAUUUCGGUCAUCAUGUUGGACUGAGGCAGGAGGAGGAUGUUGCUGCUCGAGGCCUGUGUUCAGAAGCUGCUCUCACAGGUUGCACUAGAUAUCCUUCUACAAGUAUCUCAAAUUCAACGACUUCCUUUGCCAGGUAGUGGCCAUGGGGGUUGAGCUAGGUCUUUCCAGGUAACCUCUUCUCCAUUUUCUCUUUGCCUCCUCUCCCUCCUGGUAUGCUUGAAAAUGACACACACCAUUCUCACUUUGCUUCAUGCCCCAACAUAUUAAAGAUUUGGUAAUGAAGAUUCUGUAGCUUCAGUUUGUUCCUGUAUUUGAUAUGCAUCUGUUCUUAAUGUGUGAAUAUCCUUCUUCUUGUUUUGAUAUGAAAUGGGAGAUUGCUUGUUUGCCUUGCAAUAAUAGCUGGAACUUUAGUUGGAUUAUGUAUAUUACAACAUUCUCUCAGUCAAGGAUUGAUAUGCAUAAUAUGUUCCACCAAACUGAAGCCACUGGCACAUGGUACAAUCACAUGAAUAUCAAUCACCAGAUUGAUAUUGCUAUACUGACACUAUGGAAAAGCAUUAUUCAUGUACUUCACUCCCAACAACUAAAAUCACUGAAGUCAACUUAACUAAAUGAGUUAGCAUACUCACUGAAGUCAACUUCUCUACAUCAUUCCUUCAAUUCUCCAAUCAACAUGAAGUUAUUAGGAUUCAGUCACAUCUCAUCUUACAUUUAUGGAUGGUGGUUAUGAGGUUGAGAUGGAAGGAAAGAUGGUGAUGCUAUAAACGAAGGGAAUACUGGAUCAUGCCAAUUGAUAGAGAAUCAUAGCUCCUGCUAAUACUAUGGCUCUGCAUGUCAUAUUUACUUAUAUUUACUUUAAUAUUAGUAUUUGCAGGAUCAUGUUAGAACUUAUCACAUUUAUCUUAGCAUUAUAUAUUUCCUAUUUUUUGUUUAGCUGUGGUUAAUUUAUCAUUCUUCAGAAGCUUUAAUACUGUAAAAUGUUUCACAUAACAACUAGUCAAUUGACCAUAGAGUAUGUGUAGUUAUAGCAUAAGAAUUAUCAUGGUAUCUGUUCUAUGCAACUCUGAUUCUAUCAGCUAAACAAAAGUGAAACACAUGAGAAUGCAUAGGAAAAGAAAGCUGCUUUUGCCCUUCUACUGGAAAGAUUCACAUGUCGAGCACUGGCUCUGCAAGUUUGUGAGUUCAAAGUGGAGCUGGUCCAAAUGCAAUUGUGCAAUGACAAAAGGAAAAGAGAAAGCAGACAGUGGAAACAAGAGCAUGCUGAGCAUCUAUCUCCUCUUCAAGAUCCUUCUUGAUGCUUGCAUCACACAAAAAUGCCAAAAAUGAUACUUGAAUGGGGCAGUGGAAAUGUCUAGAAAUGAUUUGAUCUGGGAGGUGGGUCAAAACCAGAUUUGGCAUGGCACUACAAGGCUCUUCUGCAAAGCUCUCUGUACCACCAGAGAAUGUGAAGGUUGGAUGAGACACAAUAAUGCAGUUUGUAGAUGGCUGGCUUCUGCAUCACCAGCACAGUUAUCUGCACUUGUCCACCAGUUUCUUGUAUGAGUUGCAUAAUUUUCUUCGAGAAUUCAUCCUCAUUUCUUGUUAGUUUUUAUUGGUGAAUAAAUGAUAAGAAAUUAUGUAAAAGAUCAAUCAGUAACUUGUGUUCU